CAAAAACUUGGAUAAGAAUGUUAACUAGAUAGAUAGACUUAGCCAAAAUUUAAAACUAAAUUGAGAACUAGUUAGUUUGGAUAUUACAGUUUAAUUAGGCUUCUUACUAUUUUAAAGUUUGUUAAUUAACAAAAUCAGAUAGUUCAAAGAGUAAAAAGUCCAUGAACUUGAAAAACAGAUUUAAAAUAUAUCCUCAUAAUUCAAAAUCUGGAAGUUUCGGGUUUUCUUAAUUACAAAUCAAUAAUAUAGGGAUGAAACUGAACGUUCCAGAAAAAUAUGGGGAAAGAGUACUAACGAUUUAAUUCACCCAUGAUGGAUGGACAUGUGUCAAGCAUUAAUGUAAAUAUGAAAAUCGGACGGUGGACGUUAGUAGCGGCAAAUCAACGGUCAUAACAGGGAAGGACGAAUUUAGACAAAGAAAAAAAGAGAGACAGAGGGUAAAGUAAUACCAAGCAAUUAGAUAACAACACGUGUCAAUUUAACGUGGAAGUGUGUCCUAGCGUAGGUCCCAAAAACGUGUACUGAUUGGCGUAAAAGACGUGAUGUCGGUGGUGUGGGUCCACCUGACUUAUUAACUGAUGCCACGUUGGAAGAAAUUUGUUGCAUAGAAAUGAUGAAUUUUGGGGAAAUUAAUAACGUUUAUUCAGUUUUCCAUAUAAGCGUUACAAACAAAAUAUAAUUACGUGCAAAAGUGAGUGUUACAAAAAAAUAAAUACGUGCAAGUUUUUUUGGUAAAGGAUUCGUAGUUCUUAUCACGCGAGGAAUCAACCAACACACGGAAGUUGGUUUCCAACGUGAACAAGGUUUUCGUAAGCUCUUCUAUGAACAAGGUUGUGUGUUUUCCAACUUAUACGAUUUGUUAAAAAAAAACUAUACGAUUUUCUAAGAUAAGCUUAAAAAUCUAUGAUGAGCAUAAGAGGAAACAAAUGAGCAUACGAUUACUUGGACUUCUUAAGAUAAUAAGAUAUGUUAAUGAGUGGGAAUGUCAUUUUUCACCUAAAAUUGAUAAACAAAACUAUAACAUCAGAAAGGAGUAAAGGACAGAUGGUAAUCAGUGAUGCAUCUUCUCUUUAAAUUGGCCUAAAAAAAUAUAAAUGAACCGUGUUCCAUUAUAAAGGAUGAACACGACGGGCCACAUCAUUAUACCCGCUCCUCUAAACUUUGAAUCAAAGACGUUUCGCGAACCACCGUGACAUACCAACACACAUAUCAGACAAACCCAUCUCUUUCAAUUCUUGAUUGGUCGUCGUCUCUUAUUGUCCUUAUCCUUUGAAUAAUGUUUUCGGUGAUAGCAAAAACGAUAUCUUGUAGCCGACAUUCUCGUGAUAAUACAUACUUAUCUGGUUAAAUAUAUACUCAUCAAACUUUUAAAACUAUAUAUACGUAUAAAGAUAAACUGGUCUAGAUUUGAAAAUAGUAUAGUUUCAAAAGUGAUAAACUUAGAACAAAGUGCUUAAUUGCAUCAUUUGUUUAUGCUAAUCUUGUGUCUAUUUUUUUUCUUUUCACCGCCCGUCUGGGCAUUGAUAUCUGCCUUAUUUGCUGUCAAAUCAAGGAAUAUUCAACGAUGUUUACCACUCAAUUUAUCUGGUGGACAUGAGAAUCCGAUCAACGCGUUGUUAAUUCUUCUAAUGAAAUAGAAAAGCUUUCAUAUUAUAUUCAUGAAUUGGUGGAUAACCAGCUCACUGCUAUAGGCCGAAAAGUAGAACCUUAGCGAUUACAAUUCAAUAGGCCCGACAUAACAUGGGCCUGUGAGUUAGAGUCGGAUCACGUAGUCAACAUUCGAUACUAGUGCAUUACAUGAGCUAGGCCUUUUGUGCUUGUAGUAGUCUGUGAUUUAUAGAUUCUUUGUAGCUUGACAAUGAAGAUGUUAUUAUGCACAAUCUUACUGUUGUACUUGAUGCUAUUCGUUUCAUUUGCUUUGUUUUGAUACAUGGUCGAUGUCGCUGUCUUUUUAUAUUCUUACACAACUUAACCCAACUCUCCCCUGGCAUGAACGCUGCUUUACCCAUAAGGACUGAUGGAGAUAUUGAUAGUUGAGCUCAGAAUUUUUCUGGUACUCAUCUUCACUGUGCUUUGAAGAUAGAGCUGACCUGAGAUUAGGUUACUAGCAUAUCAAUGGGUGUAAUUUUAUGGCUUGGUUUUAGACAAAUCAGGCUCUAACUGAGGAGAUGCGUUUUUUUUUCUCUUUUUUUAAUCAGCAUUUUUUUAUUAUAAAAAUAUCUUGUUUUCCAUCUAUCAUUGUAACAUAUUUUAUCAUUGUGUAGUUAUUUUGAUUUGUUUCUUGUUGAAGUUCAAAAAAGAAUCGUUUGCGGGAUUUCAUGUGACUAGAAAAGAGAAAACAAAGAACACUCAUGAAAGUUAAAGAGAGAACUACAUAGAAAAUGAAAGUACCAAGCAACUUGCUCUAAAAAGAUCACAUGCUUCCAUCACCACCACUAACAUAUUUCCUUUGCCCUCUUCAAACCGCUAGGGUAUUCUUGUUUCUAAAUAUUUAUUAAGAAAGUGUGGUUAAACAUCUUGUAUUAUACAUUGUGUUACGGUCUGUUAAUACGCUAGCUUUGCUUGAUAUGGUUCACUCAAAUUACUAAACAAUAAGUGGAUAUAUUGCUUGGUCAGAGUCCAUACAUUGUAAAAGAAAGAAAGUUAACCAAGUUAAUAACCAAGAAAAUUGAAAUUGCAUCAAAUUUUAGCAAAAAAAAAAAAAAUUGAAAUUAUGUAAAAUAUCUAGAUAUAUGUGGAAGGGCCGUAUGUAAUAAUUCCACAAGUGACCGUGAUCUAAAAAGUGGAAAAACUUGUAAAGAAUUGAAUAAACACGAACACCCUUCUCCCUCCACACGUACCCAUGGUUAUAUAUAUAUAUAUAGGCACUUACGGUUGCAUUUAAAAGGCAUCACAACCAAAUUAUCAGAGCACAAGUAAAACACACACUAAAGCUUAUAAUGAAGAUGUUAUAUUCUAAGGGGAUGAGACUCUCUGAGUUGAUGGAGAAGUGGAGAAAGAGGAAGAAAGGGUAUUUCACUGUUUACACCAAAGAAGGGAAGAGAUUCGUUUUGCCCUUGGAUUAUCUCAACCAUCCGAUUUUACAAGUGUUAUUGGAGAUGGCUGAGGAUGAGUUUGGAACUACCAUUGAUGGUCCUUUAAAGAUUCCUUGCGAUGGGAGUUUAAUGGAUCACGUCAUCAUGCUUGUGAGGAGAAGUAUGUCCGAUAACUAUGAUGAUGAUGGGGAGAAGAAGUCAGAGGAUUGUUCCACGAGCACCUGCAAGGGAGCUUCAAUCUCUUCUCUAAUACCUCUAUUUCGUGGACAGAGCCAGAUUCGGUCCUUAGUUUCCUAAUACUCGUUUGUGGUUACGGACUCGAAGGUGUUUGUUUAUAUGUAAUUUUUUGGUAAUUGGAAUGUCGCGAGUGUAAUCAACUUAAAUUUUGAAAUGAUUUGUAUUAAAAUGGUAAAUCUCCAGUUAUUCAAAUAUGGAUUAAUGUUUUUCAACUUAUGGUUUUAAGUGUUUUUAAAAUCCACCAUUGUUAAAAAAUCAAAAUCUAAUAAUAGUUUUAGAUGGAAUUCUAGCAUGCAGUCAUAAUACUUUUUUUUAAUUCAUCCAAAAUCAUAAAAAAAAAUUAAAUCUAUUCAAAGAAAAUCUCAAAUACAUAAUUUUAUUCACCUCGUAGGGUAGGUAAUAAUCUUACAAAGGUUUUGUUAAUACUUUAGUAGUUUGACUAAUAAGCACCAUGAGUUGUGGGAGAUGAUAACUUUUUAAUCAAAACUUCUUAAUUACUACUAGACCUUUUAAUGGGCCUAGUCCUUUAAAUGGUCCAACUCUAUUAAUUGGGCCUUAUACUUUAAGCUGAGGCCUUGUCUAAAGAUGUAUCGAAAAGUCGCAGACUCGCGAGUCACCUGCUUGGAUUGAAUCUCAGGUAGGAUUGUGAAAUCGUAGAGGUUUGGAGGAAAUGGGCGGAGGAGGAGGUAUAACAUACAAGGGAGUCACCGUGCACACUCCUAAGACGUGGCACACCGUCGCCGGAAAGGGCUUGUGCGGCGUUAUGUGGUUCUGGAUUUUGUACAGAGCAAAGCAAGAUGGUCCUGUAGUCAUGGGAUGGAGGCACCCGUGGGAUGGACAUGGUGAUCACGGUCAUGGUGGGGAUCAUCACUAGGUCUCAUCGAACCUUUGAAGAUCAUGGCGAAAAAAUGUAUGUCUCCUUUUCUUUUCAGCUUCUUAUGUCGAAAUAAUUACAACUUGUGAAAGAAGACGUCAAUUGUUUUUGUUCACAACUUUGUAAGAUUUGCUGCUUCUGUUUUAAGUUGCUACUUGGAUUGCACUUCCUUGAUGUUUUAUUCCGUCUACAAAUGAAUUAUAACAAUU